UUUUUUUUAGUCAGGAGAGCUAUUUUACAGCAACGGGCACAUUCACGGAGCAAGAACUGGAACUGGGAGAAGCUGAAAUAAGUGUUGUUGGAGUCCGAGUCGACGGACAAAGGGAAGAUAUGGCUCUGAGUGCGACGGUGAUUGGGGCUCUUUUGGGUUUGGGCACCCAGAUGUAUUCCAAUGCCCUUCGCAAACUCCCCUAUAUGCGCCAUCCGUGGGAACAUGUGUUGGGCAUGGGAUUGGGGGCGGUGUUCGUGAAUCAGUUGGUAAAAUGGGAUGCGAAGCUCCAAGAAGACCUCGACAAGAUGCUUGAGAAAGCUAAGGCCGCGAACGAGCGCCGUUACUUUGAAGAUAUAUUGGGAAGUAUGGAUUGCCCAAUUGGUGGUGAGUGGGUGAUGAAGUAAUUUGCGCUGAGUUCAUUUUGUCCUUAUGCUAAUGGUUUUCUAACAAGGAAGGGAUCCAGUUCAUGCCAUAUGAUGCGAAUUCCAGAAUCCAGUCUGAGAUCAACUGAAAUUGGCAGAAACGAAUUUAAGUUAGAGGGAGUUUGGGAUUGCUCAUUUGGUGCAUGGAAGGAGCUUGAAACACAAUGUUCUAAUUUUUUGUGCUGUUAAUAUGAUAUUAGAUAUUUAGCAUUGCCAAAAAUAAUCUGUUUAAAACAAUUGAGAAUUUUUUUAAAGAUAUUUAAAGCAAAAAAAUUCUUGUGUAACAGAUAAUCAGUUGUCCAUU